AUGUGUCGUGCUCUACCAUAUACCAUUCAAACAGUGGUGUAUGUUCAAACGUGGAUUAGAUCAACAAGUGAAAAGAUAUCAUAUUAUUUUGUACAUGCAAAACCAUCAGUUUUAUUUGACAAUACAUCAAUUCUUGGAAUCUUUAUCAAAGUUGUUGUUCAUUUUUUAUCAUUAUCAAUUAUUCAACAUAAAUGUACGAUGUUUAAUACCAAUUUACCAAUAGAACAAUGUAGUAGUAUGUCAAACUUGAUUCACCUUUUAGCACCAUAUGUAAAUACACUACGAAAAUAUUGUAUUAAAUGUAAGAUAUCAAUUCCGUAUGUUUCAAUCGCUGAUAUUGCAUACUUGCUCGUAAAAAAUAAAAGCAAUGAAUGGACCAUAGCGAUUGAUAUAAAUGUUUAUUCAAAACACGAACAGUUUCGUUUAUUCAAUAGUGUAAAAUAUGGAAAAAAUAAUCCUCUUGUUUCAUCAACUUUUGACAAGUACCAAACCCGAGCUCAACAUCGAGUUUUGAUACCGAGCUUUCUGGGUUUAAGCUCGAUUUGA